GCGUGGGGAGUUGGAGGGUUUGCGUGGCGGGAACGCGGCGGCAGUGAGAGCGAGCGGCGGCGGCCCUUGCGUCCGGUGGGGCGAUGCUAACCCCGGCGUUCGACCUCAGCCAGGAUCCGGACUUCCUGACUGUCGCCAUCCGCGUGCCCUACGCCCGGGUCUCCGAGUUCGACGUCUACUUCGAGGGGUCUGACUUCAAGUUCUACGCCAAGCCAUACUUUCUCAGGCGAGUUCGGGGUGCCUGGCCGCAGGAAAGGCGCAUUCGUUAGAUAGCUGCUUUAGAGAGAGAAUGCAAGGUCGAGAGAGCAGUGCUCGAUUGCGCGAAUGCCUUUUCCCGACGUUUCUGCAGCUUCUCUUGGUGCCAGGGAACUGCCCUCUUCCAGGGGUGCGUUUUAGAUGCUGCGGAAGCGCUUUUCCUUCUUGAGCUUUCUUAAAUCCCAUAUCAAAGGAUUGCGGAAUCACUUGAAAAAGUGACGUUUGGACCGUGUCACUUUCCCAUUUCUGCCCAGUCGCCCUAGUUCUCUUCCCGUUCUGACUUCUGUUCUUUCCUUUCACUCCGCGUUUGCUCUCCCAGUCUCUCCCUCCCUGGGAACGGCGCGCGCUGACAUCUCCGUGACUUCCCAACCCGUCGGUCCUUUUAACUUUGCCCAGGCCGCCUUCUGUUGAUCUGUCUCUUGUCUGUCCGCUCCCUACUUACCGAAAUUCUUACCUUUUUUGGAUCUCUUGACACCAAAUUAGCCUAGUUCUCCUGCUUCCCUGCUGUCUGCUGCUCUUCUGUUUGGUUUUGUCCCUGAAGUGUGGUUGUUUCCCCCAAGUCUCCGUGAGGGUCUGUCAGCACUUGAUCUGUUUAAAUUAUUCUCCUUGCAGAAUCGUAACCUUGGUAGCAGCUAACACUGAUAACUCGUAGUGUGGUGGACAAGCAGUUCCGUUAAGUGCUUUAUGAUGGUGUAUCUCAUUUAACUUUGACAGUGAUCCUUAGGGAUAAGCACUGCUAUUAACCCCAUUCCACAGAACCUGCUGCUACAUAUUCAUCCUAAAGUAUUGCCAAUCUCUUGUCCUUCUCUUUAUCCAUCCUCCUAAUCUUUCUCAAGUGUAGCUGCAGCCUACUUUUCCCACCCAAGUACUUUUGUGGUACAAACCUUCUCCACCAGUCAAGGUGGUUUUUUUCACUGUUGCUGAACCAGUUUUGCUCAGAUUUCCCUUAGACCAUAUAACGUCCAUAUUUGAAUAUAUUGCACUUUCCAGUUUUUUAAUUCACUUAUUUCUUUAAUUUAUUUAUUGAGUUUCAGUGUUGGUAUUAUUGUGCUGAACAAGACAAAGUCCUGCCCUCAUGUACUUUUCAUUGGGGAGAGGAAAACAAUAAACAGUGUACUUAAUCGUGGUGAGUGCUAUGAGGAGAAAGAAGUGCACUGAUAGAGAAUGAAAAGGGGCCCAUGUUUUAUAAAGUGGUCAGGAAAAGCCUUUCUGGAGAGGCGAUAUUUAAGCCAAGAUGUGAAGAACAGGAAGAAGAUUAUGGUGGUAGCAAAUAUUUAUUGAAUUUUUACUCCAGGUUAGUGCUUUAUACGGAUUAUCUCACUUGUUAUUAGGACAGUGUUACAACGGGGUUUUAUUAUUUACCCAUUGCCGUGGAUGGAUUAUUUGUGGGCACCCCCCCCAACUCUUGUCCCCAAAUUCAUAUGUUAAAGGUCUAAUUCCGGUGUCACUUCUGCUUUAUUUUAUUCAUCAAAACAGUCCCAGAGCCUCCCCAAGGGGAGGGGACAUAGACCUUCAUGGUUGGGAAGAGUGCUGUGAGAUGGGCAUUCUUUGAUAAUACAGUUUGCCCCCAGAUGUGGUGGCUCACUCCUGUAAUCCCAGCACUUUGGGAGGCCGAGGUGGGCAGAUCACUUGAGGUCAGGAGUUUGAGACCGGCCUGACCAACAUGGUUAAACCCCAUCUGUACUAAAAAUACAAAAAAAUUAUCUGGGCUUGGUGGCACGCGCUUGUAGUCCUAGCUACUUGGGAAGCUUGAGGUGAGAGAAUCGCUUGAACCUGGGAGGCGAAGGUUGCAGUGAGCCAAGAUUGCGCUAUCCCACUCCAGCCUGAGUAACAGAGCGAGACUGUCUAAAAAAAAAAAAAAAAGAACAUACAGUUUGCUAUACCAAGGAUGAAUAAAACCUGGUCCCUCUUCUUGAAGAAUGGAGACUGUAGCUGCGGAGGCACCAUAUUAACCCUUCCUGGAAGAAUUGUAGAAAAUGGAAGCGAGCAAGGGUCCUAUGAUGCAGAUAAAGGAAUUUUUACCAUUCGCCUGCCCAAAGAAACCCCUGGCCAGCAUUUUGAGGGGCUGAACAUGUUAACUGCUCUUCUGGCACCAAGAAAAUCCAGGACAGCAAAACCACUUGUGGAAGAAAUAGUUGCUUCUGAGAUUCCUGAGGAAGUAGUUGACGAUGAAGAGUUUGAUUGGGAAAUUGAGCAGACACCCUAUGAAGAGGUAUCAGAAAGUGCUUUGAAUCCGCAGUGCCACUAUGGAUUUGGAAACUUACGAUCAGGAGUGUUGCAGCGGUUACAGGAUGAACUGAGUGAUGUUGUUGAUAUUAAGGAUCCAGAUUUCACCCCUGCAGCUGAACGAAGACAGAAGCGCCUGGCCACUGAGCUGGCCAAGUUUGAUCCUGAUCAUUAUCUAGCUGACUUUUUUGAAGACGAGGCAAUUGAACAGAUUUUGAAGUAUAAUCCUUGGUGGACUGACAAAUAUUCAAAAAUGACGGCCUUUUUGGAAAAGAGUCAGGAACAAGAAAAUCAUGCUACAUUAGUGUCUUUUUCUGAAGAAGAGAAAUAUCAGCUACGAAAAUUUGUCAAUAAAUCUUAUCUGCUGGACAAGAGAGCCUGUCGUCAAGUGUGCUACAGUUUGAUUGAUAUCCUUCUGGCAUAUUGCUAUGAAACCCGUGUCACUGAAGGAGAGAAGAAUGUUGAAUCUGCAUGGAAUAUCAGGAAACUGAGUCCAACACUAUGCUGGUUUGAGACUUGGACUAACGUUCAUGAUAUCAUGGUGUCUUUUGGAAGAAGGGUGUUGUGUUACCCACUCUAUCGCCAUUUCAAGCUGGUGAUGAAGGCCUACAGGGACACUAUAAAGAUAUUGCAACUGGGUAAAAGUGCAGUUUUAAAGUGUCUCCUGGAUAUUCACAAAAUUUUUCAGGAAAAUGACCCAGCGUACAUACUGAAUGAUCUCUACAUCUCAGACUACUGUGUGUGGAUUCAGAAAGUCAAAUCCAAAAAGUUGGCAGCUCUUGCAGAAGCCUUAAAGGAAGUCUCCCUUACAAAGGCCCAGCUGGGGUUAGAACUGGAAGAACUAGAAGCAGCAGCACUGCUUGUCCAGGAGGAAGAAACUGCAUUAAAAGCAGCCCAUUCAGUUUCUGGGCAGCAGACACUUUGCUCCAGCUCUGAGGCAAGUGAUUCGGAGGACUCAGACAGCACCGUGUCAUCUGGAAACGAAGACUCAGGCUCAGAUUCAGAACAAGAUGAACUCAAAGAUAGUCCAUCUGAGACAGUCAAUUCUUUGCAAGGUCCCUUUCUUGAAGAAAGCAGUGCCCUUCUUAUUGUUGAUGGUAGAGUACGCAGAAACACAGCCAUCCAGGAGUCUGAUGCCAGUCAAGGAAAGCCACUUUCCUCUUCCUGGCCUCUUGGAGUGUCUGGGCCUCUGAUAGAGGAGCUUGGGGAACAACUGAAGACUACAGUUCAGGUUUCUGAACCCAAGGGCACCACUGCUGUAAACCGCAGCAAUAUGCAGGAGAGAGACGGCUGUCAGACACCAAAUAAUUGACUCUUAGGUGGUUUUAUUCAUUGUUGAGAAAUAUGGUAGAUUUGGUUUCAUUUACCGAAUGAGAAUUCUUCAUUUUCACUUUGUAAUUUUUCUUAGUAUAUAGUCAGCCCACUGUAUUUGUGUGUUCCACAUCUGUGGAUUCAACCAACUGCAGAUCAAAAAUAUUGAAGAAAAAAUCGCAUCUCUGCCAAACAUGUACAGACUUUUUUCUUGUUAUUAUUCUCUAAAUAAUACAGUAUGACAACUAUUUCCACAGCAUUUACAUUGUAUUGGGUAAUAUAAGUAAUCUAGUGAUGAUUUAAACUGUGCAGGAGGAUGUGGGUAGGUUAUAUGCAAAUACUGCACCAUUUUUUAUCAGGGGCUUGAGCAUCUGAGGAUUUUGGUAUCCUCAGGAGUCCUGGAAACAACCCCCCACAGAUACGGGGACAACUUUAUGACAUCGUUUUUCGACCAAUGAAUGUUUAUACCUUUUGUUUUCCUUGCCGCAACUGUGAAGAUAAAGUUCAAAAGUAUUUUUACCAAAGUGUAGCUAAUAUUUCAAGCUGAAAAUAAUAGUUCUACUGCCAGUGUCUCCAGAAUGUAGAGCCCAUCAAUAUUUUUAUUUUAGGAGGUGUACUUGACACCCGAUAAACUGCACGUAUCAAAAGUGUACAAUGUGUUGGCGUAUGUAUACCCUGCGUAAAACUAUCACCACGACUGAAGUGAGGAACGGACCCAUCAUUCCCAAGUGCCCUUGUGCCCUGUUAUUAGUUUGCAUGUCCUAGAAUUCUAUGUAAAUUGAAUCAUACAAUAUCUAUCCCUUUUUUGGUCAGGCAUAUUUUACUCAGUGUAGUUAUUUUGAGAUUCAUCCAUGUGGUAGCAUGUGUCACGAGUUUUUGUUUUUAUGUUUUUCAUUGCUGAGUACUGCUUCAUUGAAUAGAUUUGUUCAUUGACCUAUCGAUGGACACCUGGGUUGUUUCCAGUUUGGGGCUGUUAUAAAUAAAGCUGUUAUGAACAUUUGUGUACAA